CUGAAAGUAGGUCUAAAUAGAGCAACGUAAACAACAGGUAGGCGUGUCUUGGAAGUGACAUCUGUAGCUUCUCUAUGCACUAUCAGCUGUGAUACUCAGUACUAAUCAAUGUCAACAGACACAGAUAGUGGAGAUAUCGAGUUUGAUGUAUUCAACAUGACUUCAGAAAAACGACCUUUGGUCUCAGAACCUAGAGCGGUUUAUGAGACUGUAGACGCCUCGAUGAAUGUUCAGAAUGACCACGUCCCUGGGAAGACCCAGGGGCAGGGGACCUCCAAAUUCGUGUAUAUCCUGUCUUUCUUUGCAGCCAUCGGUGGAUUUUUGUUUGGAUACGACACGGGUGUUGUAUCAGGGGCCAUGCUUUUACUGCAACCGGAGUUCGACCUCGAUUCAGUGUGGGAAGAGAUGGUUGUAAGUGCCACUAUUUUAUUUGCUGCUGUGUUUGCCCUGGUGGGCGGGCCACUGAACGAGAAGGUCGGGCGGAAGGUGGUUACCGUGCUAGCUAGUCUGGUGUUCACUGGAGGGGCAGUGUUGCUAGGGGUCGCACAGAACAAGGUCAUGUUGCUGAUCGGCAGGAGCAUCCUGGGAGUUGGAAUCGGGCUGGCCUCCAUGACUGUUCCAGUGUACAUCGCAGAAUGUGCCCCCAUUCAUCUUCGUGGACGCCUUGUUACUAUUAAUACCCUCUUCAUCACUGGCGGUCAGUUUGUGGCGAGUGUACUGGACGGGAUUUUUAGUUACGACAAGAAGAAUGGCUGGAGGUGGAUGCUGGGAUUGGCGGCUGUGCCAUCAGCGAUUCAGUUCAUCGGUUUUAUGUUUCUGCCUGAGAGUCCGAGGUGGUUAGUAAAACAAGGCAGAUUAACAGAAGCCCGUGAAGUUUUACAGAAAUGCCGUGGCACGAAGGAUGUAGAGGAGGAACUGAAGAAUGUGCGGGAAUCAUGCGAGGAGGACCAGAGAAUGAUGGCGGAGACAGGGAAUGAGAAUGUCCUUUUGAAGAUCUUGAGAACUCCAUCUGUCAGACGAGCUGUUCUGGUGGGCAGUGGUUUACAACUAAUACAGCAAGUCAGUGGAAUAAAUACAGUCAUGUACUACAGUGCCACUAUAAUUAAGAUGACAGGUAUUCAUGAUACCAGACUUGCAAUUUGGUUGUCGGCCAUGACAGCUGGUGUUAAUUUUGUUUUUACAAUUGUCGGAGUCUGGUUGGUGGAGAGGAUUGGAAGACGUCCACUAAUCCUAGGCAGUCUGCUAGGUGUAUUGGUUAGCCUUGUAGUCCUGGCUGUGGGGUUCCAGCUAGCUGCCUUCCAUUCUCCACCAGUGACCUACACAGAGUCCAAUGACACAUGUUCAACAUACAGGUGGUGUGAAGACUGCUCACUGAACAAACACUGUGGAUUCUGUUAUGUAGAACUCGAGAAAUCUCCGGUGAAUGGGUCCUGUGUCGCCGUGUCAUCGAACCUGACAGAUGGAGCAGUUCAGGGUCGCUGUGACUCCGAUGACCUGCCCCCUGGGGUAGUCUGGGCCAAUGGUUUCUGUCCCACUGACUACUCAUGGAUGGGUCUGUUAGGACUGGUGAUGUACCUCAUGUUUUUUGCUCCAGGGAUGGGUCCGAUGCCGUGGACCAUAAAUUCUGAGAUUUAUCCUCUCUGGGCCCGGAGCAUAGGGAAUUCCAUCUCCACGGCAACCAACUGGAUUUUCAAUCUGGCUGUUGCCAUGUCAUUUCUAACCCUGACAGAAAGUAUCACUAAGUACGGUACAUACUGGCUGUUUGUGGGGAUUGUAUUUUGUGGAUUAGUCUUCAUUGCGGCCGUCUUACCCGAGACAAAAGGCCGAAGUCUAGAGGAGGUAGAGACUCUCUUUCAAGGAUCGAUGUGUCCAGGGUGUGCCAAAAAACCAUCGAAAACCGAUCCGACUGUUACAGAGGAUUCUACGUGAUGACAAAACUCAAUUAAAACCGAUCCGACUGUUACAGAAGAUUCUACGUGAUGAUGAAAACCAAUGAAAACCAAACAGGCUGUUAUGCAAGAUUCUACAUGAUGAUGAAAACCAAUGAACCAGAUCAUUUUACAGUAGAAAAGACUUCUCCAAGGUGGAAUUGUCCAGUGUUUACCAGGAAAUCAAUUAAAAUCAUUCAUUCUACCAAACAAAAAUCAUGGAAGUCAAAUAAUGAUAUAGAACUGACUGUGUCCCAUGGAUUAGCAAUAGAAAUUCGGGAUUUUCCCAGGAGUUUACAGAAAAUCGAACAUAUUUUACAUAACAUAGAAGAACUCUGCUCCAGGAAUCAUAAUUAUGCAAGUGAUUAGUCUCACCGAAUUAUGUAAACAAUUCUACAUUUGUAUGUAACUAGAAGACAGCUAGGGUGGUUGAGAAUUAGUAUUGAAAACUUUUCCUGGGGGACCAGUUUAACGUGAUGAGAAAUGUCGGGCAUUGUAGAAAUUGCUUAAUCAUUCUUAAGUGAAGGGUCGAUGAUAUGUUACAAGGGUCGAUAAUGUUACAAGGGUCGAUGAUGUUACAAGGGUUGGUGAUGUUACAAGGGUCGGUGAUGUUACAAGGGUCGGUGAUGUUACAAGGGUUGGUCACUGAUGUUAUAAGGGUCGGUGAUGUUACAAGGGUCUGUGAUGUUAAGGGUCAGCGAUGUUACGAGGGUCAAUGUUGUUACCAGGAUUGAUGAUGUCACAAGGAGUUGUUGAACUGUCUGGUCAUGACUCAGUUUUGAUCUCACUUUGUUGGUUGUGAUAUACAAUAUUACAAUGACACAUGCCAUAUUUAAUGUACGUCUGUAUUUCACAUUUGCAGGGUGCCUGUCUGACACCACUAGGAGUAUUUUUCUAUUUCUAUAUUUCAUAUUCCCAGGGUGCCUGUCUCACAUUUUCUGUUAAAAAUUUAAAAUGUGUAUUUAUUUCAAUUUAUUAGAGUUAAAAGUAAUACAUUAUCAAAUAGAAUGUAUAGGUCGAUCAUCACACAUUUUAAGAUGCAAGACACACAGGUACAUAUACAAAAUUGUAGAUCAACAUUAGAAAAUUGCAAUUUUCUUUCAAUAGCAUUAUUAAAAUUUCACAAAAACUGGUUAAACUGAUCUAAUAGUUUUCAUAAUAAUUUCAUGAAAAUAUUUCUUUAUAAAACUUCAAAUUUUCUGCAAAAAAUAAAGAAAAUAUAUAAUGAACAUGAUAAAAGUGUUGAUAUAAAAUCAUAUAAAAUAUGAAAACAGAGUUAUUGCCCUUGGAUUCAAAAUUUUGAAACAUUAUAGAUUGGUUUUUUAAAAAUAAAUUAGACUUUUGAAAUAUUUUUUGCUUUGAAAAUUAAUAAGAUUUUUUUACAAUAAACAAUGGAAAAGACUUCAACAAAAUGUAUGGUAAUAUCAUGUAUAAUUUUAGGUAAAUCAUUGAUUUUGCAAAAUCUUCUGACGUCACAGGAGGUAGGACCUACUUAAAAGCUAAUAUUGCUUUAAAAUACUUUUUCCCUAUAGUUUUCCUUUUAGAUCAGAUGUAUAUUAUCCAUAGCACAAUAUCAUGUCUAUUUACAAUUAUACUGUGUAAGGACUGUGAUAAUGUUCAUUGUUUUGUGUCAUUUUUUAGUCCUAUGUACAUGUAUAUUGAUAAACAUUAUCACUUGAAGUGAUACUUGAUAAACAUUUAUUUUUUGGAUCAAGCACAGACAUAUAAAAUACUUCUGUAUAUCAAACAUCAAUAUCUCAUGGAUAUGUCGAAGUGAAUUGAAAGUCCCAACUACAUUUUCUUUAUGUAUUUUAAGCUCACUAUCUCAAACCCUCAAAUAUCUCAAAAGUUUGUGCUUGGCCCCAUUGAAUUCAAGAUUAAGAGGUUUGACUGUAUAUGAUUUAUAAGUCACUGGAACAAGGUCUCUACUCAUAUUCAAACUCAUUGUGUCAGAUAUAUAUGACAAUAUUUAUGUUUCCAAUAGGGUUUACUUUGAUAUCUGUACAAAUUUUAAUGACAGUCAUUUCCUCCUGAAUGUGUUGCAGUUGUGAACAAUGUGUGUAUGAAUACAGAUACAUAUAUGUCUAUUUUAACAGCUGGGAAUUCCGACAGAAAUGAAAGGAGAAUGUAAAUAUAAGAAAUGAAUUUCAUUUUUGAAAUUAUAUGAAAUUUAUCUCUUAAAAGUACCACGUUUUUUCUUCCAGAAUUUCCAGACAGCUCAUAUUAAAAAGUAUGAAGUUUCCACAUUAUAUUUUUGAUAUUUAAGGCAUAGGUGAAGUGGAACUUAUUAGGGCCAUUUUCUGCAUCAAGUGUACUUCGUUCUUUAUUUUGUCAUUCAUUUUCAAUGUAUGUAACAGUUUGUGAUAUAUUUGUAUGGCUUUGUUAUAUAAUUAGAAUUGACUAGAUGCUUAGAUAGAUGUAUACGUGUGUGCUCAAACACGUACGUGUCUGUAGUAACUUCAAGCUCAAAACACGUGUAUGCAAUGUAGCUCAAAACACGUGUAUGCAAUGAAGCUCAAAACACGUGUCUGCAAUGUAGCUCAAAACACGAGUCUGCAAUGUAGUUCAAAACACGUGUCUGCAAUGUAGCUCAAAACACGAGUCUGCAAUGUAGCUCAAAACACGAGUCUGCAAUGAAGCUCAAAACACGUGUCUGCAAUGUCAAGCACCCCACAUUAAAAGUGAAUUAAAGUCAUGAGGUGUUUUUUUUGGGGGGGGGGGGUUAUAAUGAUAAACGCACUUAUGACAUCAAUGAUUGUGACGUCAUGAUAAAGAGCAUUUGCAUGUGUCUGACAGUUAUGAAAAUUGUUAAAGUCAGCAUUUCGCAAAUUCUAAGGUCAUUAUAAAGAUGAAGUUUGUCUAUAUACAACCUGUCAUUGGGUCAAAUGUUCUCCGAAGUGUUUCAUACCGAUUGUUAGGCCAUUCUUUGCACCCUGAUUUUGACUACGGACAACUCUGUUUACCUGAUCAAGAUAUAGGGUGCAUGGCGGGUGUGACCGGUCAUCAGGGAUGCUUACUCCUUCUAGGCACCUAAUCCCACCUCUGGUAUAUCCAGGGGUCCGUGUUUGCCCAACUCUCCAUUUUGUAUUCCUAAUAGGAAUUAUGAGAUUGAUCACUGUUCGUUAUCUUCACCUUUUCAGGAAGUAAGUUUACUUUUGGCCAGUUUUCGCAUAAAAUUAGUAGAAAGCAAUUUAGAAUGUAUAUGAUAACUGCCAAGCAUGGGAAUGUAUGAGGGUCAUGAACCCAUUGGACAGGUGAUAAUGCAUAUUUUUUAUACACUUUGUGAAAGUAUCUGUUCGAUGUUAAAUGCAUAUUUUAUUAGAUUCAAAUUAGAAGUGAUAUAAAUGAAAUGUGGAUUCUAGAAAUAAAACUUUCUUCAAAUCAGCAACUUCAAAA